GGUACCAGCCUUGAGCUUGCUGUCCACUGCGGCCAGGUGUUGGCCAGGCACCGCGAUGUCACUGGAGCUGCUCAUGUCGAUCGUAUUCAACGGUCGAAUUUUCAAUUGCUUUUAUCGGUUGGUGGAAAAGUAAAGUUUCAAUGGUCAAAUAUCACGUUUUUGGAGAGCACUGUAGCCAUUUAUGGUGCGCCUCAAGACGCGCUACUUGGUGGUGGAGGCCACUGGCGCCCGUAAACCGGCGGUCAAGAAGGAAGACAUUACAGCGCUUAUUCGCGAGUCCGUUACCAAGAGCUACGGGGAUUUCGGUUCCGGGCUGUCCCAGUACGCGUUCCAAGUGCUGUACUACAAUACACAUACCAGAAUUGCAGCUAUUCGAUGCGCACGUGAAAUGUGCAAAAUGGUUGAGACGUCGCUACUGUUCGUGAAGGACGUGCACAACCAAGACGUCAGUCUCCGAGUGGCUCGCGUAUGCGGCUCAAGUCGCGCGUGUAGAGAGCACCUGCUGAGGUUUUCUUUGGAACGCGCCAAGACUCUGAAUCUAUACACCUCGCAACCCAAAUUUAACGAGGAAGUGCAGGUAGAAAUCGCGCUCGUGGAUCCGCAGUAACCGCAUCAAGCUAUUUACUUCAAGUACUACUUCGUAUUGCUCAAUCAAACAGCAUCCGACCCAA